AUGGCGAGGGUUGCGGUUCUCGCGGUUCUUAUGAUGCAGGCGCUUGCGGAUCAGGCCUGUCAAGAGGAGACUUGUCAGGAGGAGAGCUCGACUCUGAUGCAGCUCAAUCACCGAGAGAUGACGGGUGAUGAGCUCAAUGAGUUGAAUGAGGGUCUUCCAUGGUGGGUCAAGAAGAAGAUCAUUGACUCACGUCGAGAGAGUCACCCAGCUCCUCCUCCCCCCCCCCCGGCACCUCCACGCUAUCCUUGCUCCAUCGCAGAGCCGCAGUCGCCACGCAACGUGAGUAAAGAUUUCGUGGGAUUGUUGCCUCCGAAAGUGAAGCCCGUCGGUUUGUAUGAUGAGUUCCCCAAUCUGAUCCACGUGAACACGCACUUUCACUUGGGUGGUGAACACCAAAACGUGGAAGAUGGGGGCUAUUCCCUCAACUCUACCGAUGCCGUGCUUGGGGAUAUCGUUCCCAAUGACAUCCGCCCAGGAUAUUUUUGCGCUCCAGUGAACCAGGGACCACCAACCAAUGACACCUGGACCUUGGAUGAUUACAACUGGACAUCUUGCAAAAAUGUGAAGAUGGGCUACACCUAUGAGUUUCACUGGGUCCAUUCCACGGCCGGGCCCAUUGACGGGGUUUUGACGGGCGGCUUGGGUGGUGUCUUCAAUCGAUCCAUAAAUCCAACGGCCUUUGUGCGAGGACAGAUCUGUCGCAUCGUGAACUGGCCAGAACAAGAAUACAAAAUGUUCAACACGACCUGGCGCGAACCAGCGCUUGCGGAUCAGGCCUGUCAAGAGGAGACUUGUCAGGAGGAGAGCUCGACUCUGAUGCAGCUCAAUCACCGAGAGAUGACGGGUGAUGAGCUCAAUGAGUUGAAUGAGGGUCUUCCAUGGUGGGUCAAGAAGAAGAUCAUUGACUCACGUCGAGAGAGUCACCCAUCGCCACGCAACGUGAGUAAAGAUUUCGUGGGAUUGUUGCCUCCGAAAGUGAAGCCCGUCGGUUUGUUCGAUGAGUUCCCCAAUCUGAUCCACGUGAACACGCACUUUCACUUGGGUGGUGAACACCAAAACGUGGAAGAUGGGGGCUAUUCCCUCAACUCUACCGAUGCCGUGCUUGGGGAUGUCGUUCCCAAUGACAUCCGCCCAGGAUAUUUUUGCGCUCCAGUGAGCCAGGAACCAGAAAUGGAUGACAACUGGACCUUGGCUGAUUACAACUGGACAUCUUGCAAAAAUGUGAAGAUGGGCUACACCUAUGAGUUUCACUGGGUCCAUUCCACGGCCGGGCCCAUUGACAGGGUUUUGACGGGCGGCUUGGGUGGUGUCUUCAAUCGAUCCAUAAAUCCAACGGCCUUUGUGCGAGGACAGAUCUGUCGCAUCGUGAACUGGCCAGAACAAGAAUACAAAAUGUUCAACGAGACCUGGCGCGAACCAGUCAGAGACUCAAUUGUGUACAUUGGCUCCACCACCGGUACGUCCUACGACAAUUUCCGAUGCUCUCCAGCCGAAGUGUCAUGGCACGUGGAUCGAGAGUGCUGCAUUCUGUCGGCACAGAACAUGGACCGUCUGUGCGCAGACUUGUUGGAGUAUGGCCGAAACAUGGAAGGUUCCAUUCACAAGGGAGUCAUGUUCGAUAUCAGGGACGCUUCGGUGGCCGGCUGUUGCACCUUAGCGGAAGGCACUGAUUUCCCACUGCUAUUGGAACAGCUCCAUAGCAGGGGAAAACUCUUUGAGUUGCUUUCGACACUGGAUGGGCAUCGUGGCUGGAUGUUGCAGGCAAAAAAGAUGCAAGACAGUGAACGCAGUCCGAGGCCCUUUCGGAUCCUUUCGGAUUGUCAGAUUCUCGGAGUAUUCUGGGAGACUCGGCAUCAAGUCAUGGCGAGGGUUGCGGUUCUCGCGGUUCUUAUGAUGCAGGCGCUUGCGGAUCAGGCCUGUCAAGAGGAGACUUGUCAGGAGGAGAGCUCGACUCUGAUGCAGCUCAAUCACCGAGAGAUGACGGGUCAUGAGCUCAAUGAGUUGAAUGAGGGUCUUCCAUGGUGGGUCAAGAAGAAGAUCAUUGACUCACGUCGAGAGAGUUUGUACGAUGAGUUCCCCAAUCUGAUCCACGUGAACACGCACUUUCACUUGGGUGGUGAACACCAAAACGUGGAUGAGGGGGGCUAUUCCCUCAACUAUACCGAUGCCGUGCUUGGGGAUAUUGUUCCGAAUGACAUCCGCCCAGGAUAUUUUUGCGCUCCAGUGAACCAGGGACCAGCAGGCAAUGACAGCUGGACCUUGGAUGAUUACCACUGGAAAUCUUGCAAAAAUGUGAAGAUGGGCUACACCUAUGAGUUUCACUGGGUCCAUUCCACGGCCGGGCCCAUUGACGGGGUUUUGUCAGGCGGCUUGGGUGGUGUCUUCAAUCGAUCCAUAAAUCCAACGGCCUUUGUGCGAGGACAGAUCUGUCGCAUCGUGAACUGGCCAGAACAAGAAUACAAAAUGUUCAACACGACCUGGCGCGAACCAGUCAGAGACUCAAUGGUGUACAUUGGCUCCACCACCGGUACGUCCUACGACAAUUUCCAAUGUUCUCCAGCCGAAGUGACAUGGCACGUGGAUCGAGAGUGCUGCAUUCUGUCGGCACAGAACAUGGACCGUCUGUGCGCAGACUUGUUGGAGUAUGGCCGAAACAUGGAAGGUGAUGUGCAACCGGCACCAUCUCGUCUUCUUGUUGCACCCUUCAUCUCAGACACCAACGCCUCGUUCAUUGCCAACUACUCCUCCACGUGAGUUGGGAGACAAUUUUUGAUCGAAG